AUGACUGACAAAGAGCCAACCCCCGCCGAAGAGGCCGCGGCACGCGCGAAGGAAAAAGCCGAGCAAGAUGCCCUGCCGUACAGAUGGACGCAGACCAUCGGCGACCUUGACAUUACCAUCCCCGUUCCAGGAAACAUCAAGGGGAAAGACCUAGCCGUCACCUUCACCAAAACAACCAUCUCUGCUGGCAUCAAAGGCCAGCCGCCCAUCCUCGAGGGCACGCUGGCGCACGCGAUCCGGCCCGACGACAGCACCUGGACGCUGACGACCACGCCCUCGGCCGACACCAAGCAGAUCGAGAUCCACCUGGACAAGAUCAACAAGAUGGAGUGGUGGCCGCACGUGGUGACGACGGCGCCCAAAAUCGACGUGACCAAGAUCGUGCCUGAAAACAGCAAGCUCUCGGACCUGGACGGGGAGACGCGGAGCAUGGUGGAGAAGAUGAUGUACGACCAGCGGCAGAAGGAAAUGGGCCUGCCGACGAGCGACGAGCAGAAGAAGCUGGACAUACUGAAGAAGUUCCAGGAGCAGCACCCCGAGAUGGAUUUCAGCAAGGCCAAGAUUAACUAA